UGAACAAUAUAAAUGGAUGUACCGUGAUCCAAGUGGUAACAUUCAAGGUACACUAAUAUUUUUUUUUAACUGUGUUAUACUAAUAAUAUGUCAUUUAACAAUUACUUAAUUAAAUUAUUUAGGACCCUUUAGUAGUCAAGAAAUGAAUGAAUGGUACAAAGGCGGAUUUUUUGUUCAUAGUCUUUUAGUUAAAAGAGUUGAGGAUACUACGUUUGAACCUUUAGGUGUCUUAAUACGAAAGACAGGUGAUGAUGAAAGGCCUUUUUCAGCACAGAUACCUGGUUCAAGACCUUCUUUAACUAUCUCUAUGCCUAAUAAUUCAUCACGCCUGGUUAAUGAUCCAUUCCAAAGGUCUUGGGUCGGUCCUAAUUCUCCUAGUACAGCACAGUUGUUUUUGGAUCAACAAAGAUUUAAUCCUUUUGGCGGAACUGCUUCUGUACCAAACACUCCAUUUGAUCGAUACCAAUUCGGCAGUGUUUUUGGGCGAAAUGAUGGGGGAUGGGGAGAUCUAAAUUCUACAAAUAAUACAUGGGGACAAACUGAUAGUUUUACAUCUAAUAAUGAAAGUCUGUCUCCUCGUAUACAAGCCCCUAAUUCUCCACCUUUAUUUAAUAAUAAUUCCGCUACCUUUAAUGUUUCACCGCCUCAAACCUAUUUGGAUCAUCAACGAGUGUUAUCUUCACAGAUCGAUCGUCAACAACAAUAUUUGGUGCUGCAACAAAGACAAUUACAACAAAAUCAACAGAAUCAAAAUUCUUACCCAGACGCCUUCAUUAGGCAACAACACCAAAGUUAUGUAGGAAUGUCUGGACCGGUAUCAGCCCCUAUAUCAAAUGCGCCAACUUCUCCGUUCACGAGAGCCACAGGUUGGCCUGCCACAACUACUACUGAACCAACUCCAUCAUCGCCAUGGGGACCCGGUAUUGGAGUUACUCCUUCACGUGCUACUCAGUCAGAUGAAAUUGGAUAUUUUGGUUUGAGGAAAGAAGGAUUACAGCAAUCAUCACGUCGUAAUGAAAGACAAUAUGAAAUGAUGAGUGGAAAUAUUCAAGAUUCGUCACUUGAUAGUAAAGUUAAUGAGAUGGUUAAGUCUAUGGCAAUAGCAGAUGAUGAAACACAUUCAAAAAAAAUUGAUGAAAAAGUAAUUAAUGAAGGAAAAGAUGAAUCAUCUGCAUCAAAGAAUAUUGUCGAUGAAACAUCUCGUUUUGUUCAGAAAGAAGAAUUGUAUCGUACAAAACCUUCGUUACGCGAAAUUCAGGCCGAAGAAGAACGACGCAAAAAACAGCAACAAGAAAAAGAAAAAUUCGCUACCUCUGUUCAACAAACUUCCAAUCAACCAAUUGCCAAAGCACCCCAGCCACAGAAAAUUAACAGCGCAGCAUGGGGAAAUAAUAAUUCUAUCACUCCUUCUUCACCUGCACCAUGGGCAAAAGAUGAAGACCACACUGCUCACAAAACUCCUUCACUGCGAGAAAUUCAAGAGAUGGAAGCUCGAAAAGCUGCUGAACGUAAAGCGGUGUCUACGGUCACUGCUCAGGCUACUGUUAUGGUUACUAAAGAAGAAUCAACACCCUCAAAUUCUUCUUGGGGUAUCAUUGGUCAAAAUUCGUCUAGUACAUCAAAUUCGUCUUCACUUUCUACUUCUCCUGUUGUAACUACACCAGCGUGGCAAUCAAACAAUUCUGCCCCCAAAAAAACACUUAGGGAAAUUCAAAAAGAAGAAGAAGAAGCAAUGAAAAGACGUAAUAAAAUUCGUGAAAUGCAACAACAAGUUUUGCUUGGUGCUAAUUCUGGAACUAGCACUUCUGUUACAAAUAGUAUGGGUAAACGUUAUGCGGAUACCGUAGCCACGGGAAGCGGUGGCCCUGGAACAAAGAAAAUAGGAUCUACAUCUAUGAACGCCGCUUGGACAACUGUUGCUAGCAAAUCAAAUAAUCGUUCGACUACUGCAAUAUCUCCUCAAAGUAACAUUGGUACUACUGUAAAUGUAUUAUCAACAAAGCCUACCGGAAAAGAUUCUACUGUGGUUUGGGAUAUGGAUUCGCACAAGGGUAUAAAUGGCUUAAGAUCAACUCCCGUCAGCUUAAGUUUAUCAAAGACUUCUGCAAACAGCGGCGCAAUUAAUGCUAACAGUUCUAAUGAGCAUUCUACACCCCGACCCCCUUCUGAAGAAUUUUUAAAAUGGUGUCGUCAGGCUUUACGUGGGUUAAAUGAUGUGAAUGUUGAGGAUUUUAUUCAAAUGUUGCUCACAUUUCCGCUUGAUCCUCCUCCUGCAACUAUUGAAAUUAUACAAGAAUCGGUUUAUGCUAAUUCUCCCACUUUAGAUGGUCGAAGAUUUGCAGAUGAAUUUAUUAAGAGGCGUAAGGCAGAUGCUAGCGGUUUACCAUUAAAUAGUUUUUUGAAUACUAAUACGGAAGGGAAGUCAGGUAAAGAUACGGGAACGGGUAACAGUAACACAAAGGAUGAUCAUUCUAUAAAUAGUGCAGGCGCUUUCAAAGUUGUAACUACAAAAAAAGGUAAAAAAAAGCAUUAAUGAAGAUUAGAACAUGGAAUGACUUUUCUAACAAAUCGAAGAUUUUUAGUAGUGCAAAUCUUUUUUAUUAUUGAUACAUAUGUGUUGCCUUUUAUUGUAAAUAUAUGUAAUAUUAUGUGAUGUAUUAAAUACAUAGAGUUUACAAUAUUAUUGUUAUUUAUUACACAAUUAAAAAGCAAUAACUUUAUUAGCGUACAUGCCCUUGCAAAAUAAAAAAAUAAAAAAAUAAGCAAUGUUAAAAGUCCUUAGCCGAUUCCAUGAGCAGAAAAUCAGUCAAUAUCGAUAUUACUUGUUAUAUUAUCCAAAAGAGUGACAAUUUCAUCAAAAAUAUUCAAAAAUUGCUGAAAUUUUUCUAAGUCUUCUUCAUUGCGAUGCACAGAUACCAUACUCAAAAGGAUAACAGCCAGAAUUGACCUAAUAUUAAAAAAAAACAAAAAAUAAAUUUAAUAAAAAAAAUAAUUAUAUUGAAAAUAAUAAUAAUUUAAAGAAUAA